AGGAUUGAAGAAACCAAAGUUUUAGCCACUAUGUUACUAUCAAAAUUAAUAUAUAAAUAUGCCCUAGUUACCUUGAUGAGUAUUUCAUCAUUUUGUAAAGGAGCUAAUAUAUUGGCAGUUGAACCAUUACCAGUCUUGAGUCAUUGGAAAUUCAUGCGUACAUUACUUCUUAAUUUGGUAAAAAAUGGAGGUCACAACGUAACCGUUUUCACGCCUUUUGCAUCGUCUAGUUUUAAUGAUAAUGCUAAUUAUACUGAAAUUGAUUUGCGAUUAAAUAUACCACUCUUAAGAGACAUAGAUUUCAAAACGGAUAUCAUAAAUUUGAUUGAUGUUUGGCAAUAUAUUCCGAUGGUCACAAAAGCUAAUAAUGCGUUAGUUUGUACUGAAAUAGAUAAGUUACCAUUAACCAGUAAAUACGACUUGUUUCUUGUUGAACUCAUCUCAUCGGAAUGUGUAUCACACUUAUCUAGAGUCUUAGACUUACCGUUGGUGUACAUAUCUCCAACACCUAUGGGAUCAUGGAUGGACGAUCAAGUGUUGGGAACUUUUACCCAUCCAUCAUACAUUGCCAGACUUUUUGCUCGUUACAGAUCACCUACUUCGUUUUCUGAGCGAAUAGAUAACAUUUACAAUCAGGCACUAAUUCGAUUGCUAUAUUGGCUUUAUGAGCCAGCUGUCGAUAAUGUAAAACCUUCAAUAAUAUUUGUCAAUUCACAUGAAAUAGUAGAAAAACAUUAUCCUAGACCUAAUAAUGUAAUUCUUGUUGGUGGUAUCAACCUACCAAUAUCAGGUACACUUCCAUUAGUAAGUAAAUAUGUUAAAUUUAAUCAUUCAAACUAGGCCUGAAAAAGUUUUUAUAACGUUUUUAAAUGCC